CCAUUGCAUAGAUGCAAAGACCUUGAAAAUUAGAGAAAAUGAAGCCGGCAGUGUUCUUGAUAAUCAGGCCAUCAUGUCACAACAAAGACACUUGCAAAGGGAAAUAUUGAAUUCCACAACAGAAGAUCAAACAGACAGUAGAAGUGGAAUAUGCAUAAGUACUGAUACAUGCUGGCAGAAAAAAGGAUCUGGCCGAUCGUACUACAGCUUAUCAGAAGUUUCAACACUGAUUGGAAAAACCACAGGCAAAGUUGUAAACCAUAAGGUUCGCAUAUCAAGCUGUAGAAUUUGUGAAAGGGCAAAGGGCAGAGGUGUCUUACCACGACAACAUAAGUGUAGAAAGAAUUGGAGUGGUUCGGCAAAGGGUAUGGAACCAGAUAUGGAAGUCGAAAUGUUAAAGGAAUUAGAUGAAAAAGGAGUGGAUAUAUUAGAAGUAGUAGGAGAUGAUGAUUCCACAGGUUUUGACUGAGCCAAGCGAUUAAUAAUGCCCAAUUCAAAAAUGGAAAAAAUAAGUGAUAGAAAUCAUAUCAAACAUAACAUUAUUUCAAAGAUAAAUGAACUAAAGCCAAAACACAAAGAGUUAACUGGAAUGGUUUGUGACGCAAUUGUUAAAAACUUUACAUACGUUGUCAACCAGAAUGUAGGUAAUCCAA